CGUGUCAUCAGCAGUAGUGAAGUGAAGUAAGAUACUGUGAAUCAUUGACCAUAUUCAAUCUUGUGGUCUACAUUUACCUUUAUUCUCGCGUCCCUAGAACAUGUGCGAGAAGCAAGCGCAUUCUUUUGUGACCGACUAUUCACACUGGGGUCACUCUUUCAGCCACCUCUCCGAAGUGGACGAGGAGAGGAUAUAUAUGGAUUACAAUGCCACCACCCCUAUGGAAUCAGAGGUUGUGGACGCAGUCACAGUUGCAAUAAGGGAGGCUUGGGCCAACCCCAGCAGCAGUUACCUUCCAGGUGUGAAGGCAAGAGAUAUAAUUAACCAGGCGAGAGAAAGUGUUUCUAGAGUGGUUGGAGGAAAACCAGAGGAUAUCAUCUUCACUUCAGGGGGAACUGAGGCCAACAACCUGGUGUUCCACACAGCAGUGAAGCAUUUCUGGCAGAGUCGCCAGGUGGCGGAGAGGGAGGGGCUGGACAGUUCCCAGCAGAACGGCAGAACCAUCCUGCCUCACCUCAUUAUCUCCAACAUAGAGCACAGCUCCAUCCAACUGACGGCUGAGCACCUACAGAAGGAGGGCAAGGCAGAGGUCACUUCUGUACCAGUCUCCAAGGUGACCGGUCAGGUUGAGGUGGAAGAUGUUGUUGCCGCAGUGCGCCCCACCACCUGUCUCGUUUCCAUCAUGACUGCCAACAAUGAAACUGGAAUUAUCAUGCCUAUCAAAGAGAUCUGUCAGAGGGUGAGAGCGGUCAAUAAACAGAGACCUCUUCCCAGAAUUCUCCUCCACACAGAUGCGGCCCAAGCCAUCGGGAAGAUUCGAGUAGAUGUUUGCGACAUGGGCGUGGAUUACCUGACGAUAGUGGGACACAAGUUCUAUGCACCUCGAGUUGGAGCACUCUAUGUGAACGGACCUGGUGCCACCUCUCCUCUCUACCCCUUGUUCUUUGGUGGAGGCCAAGAGCGCAGUUUCAGGCCGGGCACUGAAAAUACUCCAAUGAUUGCUGGACUAGGAAAGGCUGCCGAGCUGGUGAACACACACCUGUCAGAGUAUGAAACACAUCUCCGCGACAUCAGAUGCUACCUGGAGGAGAGACUAUUGGCUGUGUUUGGGGCAGAUAAAAUCCGCUUCAACAGUAAUUUCCCCGGUUCUGACAACCUUCCAAACACGUGCAAUGUAUCCAUCUUGGGUCGAGGAUUUGUGGGUCGGCGGGUGCUGGCCACCUGCAAGAGACUUCUAGCCAGCGUUGGAGCUGCCUGCCACUCGGGCCAAGUUGAUAGGCCCUCCCGUAUUUUGCUGAACUGUGGAGUGCCUUAUGACGCAGCGACCAAUGCGCUCCGUCUGAGUGUGGGGCGGAGCACCUCGCGGGAGGACGUGGACAUAGUCGUGGAGGACCUUAGGCAGACAAUAGACGUGCUGGAAAGAAUGAACUAGUACUUUUGCACCAAAAGAAAGGGAAUUUCUGUGCGAUAGCACAAAUCAUUGAUCAGGGCUCACUGUAAUGAUGAACUGAGAGUUGUAUUUAAUUUGUUUUCCUUUCAAAAGAAUUUAAUAGAUAAAAUACUAUUUAAAUUAUUUUGAAUUUUAGUUGUAUUAAUUCAGUUUUUAGUUACAUUUUUCAAACUGUCUUUGGUUCUGUUAGGGCGUACUCACACUAGGCAAUUCGUACCGUACCCGAGUACACUUGGCCCCUAAAGUCCGGUUCGUUUGACCAGUGUGAUCGCUUCGAUCGCUUUGAGGAGGUGGACUCCGGUACGGUACGCAUGGAAGCACAGGACGUCAUUAAUAAUGAAAUAAACAAUAACGUUCCAAUUAACAAUCACACGUUGCAUAAAGAUUCUAGAACACAGCAACUCAAUCGUACCCAAGUACGGUUUGAUUAUAUGCAGUGUGAGCGCAGACCAGGAACCAGAGGCAACCGUGCUCCAGUACGGUACGGGUGAAACGUAUCUAGUGUGAGUGCGCCCUUAGUGAAGUACCUACCGUGCUAGAAGCCAAGUGGAGCAAAUAACUGGACUAAGUUCAGUCAAUGUAAUAUCUGAGCAUAGUCAUGCAUUUUUGCUCUUUGACCCAAGGAAAAGCCAAGGGGCUUUUAAACGCUAGAUAACGGUUAUGGGACAUGGGAUUGCCAAAAGGUAGAUAGCCAUGUGUAGACACGUAACACAAGAUUCAACUCUCCUGUAAGGGAAUUAAAUUCUGAGUGAGCAUGCAGAUAUGCCUCUUCUCUGCUUGCUGUCACACUAGCUUGUGAGUGAAGGCUAGCUCAUCAACUUAGCCAGUCCCAUCAAUAACAUUUACAUUUUUCUGAACACUGCACGCUUUUAUGAAUUAGAGCCAGUCGUAACGAUCAAGGACAUCCUCAGAAGGUCCGUUAAGCUCUGCAGUCGCUCAUAACACAGAAUGUGGUCCACCUUGUAUCCUAAAAUUGGUACAAGACCGAUUGAAAACAAUUCGUCUCAACUCAAAAAUAUGUCAGCAAAAUGCGGUCAUCUUGUUCUGAUAUGUGAAAUAAGUGGUUAUAAGUGGCUCAGGAAACAGACUUUUGCAUCAUGGCACAUCAAUGUGAUUCCUAGACAGUUUUCCCCCAAACCCUCUGACACUACUGCGGUUACCCUUUAUGAGCAAUAUGCACCAGAUGAUGUGUGCCACUCAGUGAACGGAUUAUCUGAAGCUGAGAUCAGUUCUUCCUAGAAUGGUGAACCUCGACCAAGUUGCAGAUGCUGCUGUUGGCUUUCACAUGUCACAACAUUUAUUCCUCAGAGUUGUUCGCGAAACUGGUUUUCUUCACCGGCUCCAUACUGCCAGACACUAGAGUACUUGUUUGAUGGGAAAUUACCCUGUGGCAUCGGUUCUUUGCAAGAGGUCUGUAAGAGUUCGAAAGAUAACUUAAGUACCGAUGACUUUAGUAAAGAUGGCACAAAUGAAGCCGUGUCGUACAGCCAUGAAAAACGUCUAUAAAUAGUGUCUCCAGUCACCUGCUGAAAUAGACUAUUUUAUCAUUACAAAGUACUACCAAAGUCAGAUCACAAAUAAUGUAGAGUUCUUUAAAAAGGAGGUGUUUUGUGUUUGUACUGGUGGGUUUUAAAAAGCGCCAGAAACAUCAUUAUUGUUAUUCUUUAUUAUUAACAGCUAGUGAAAAAAAGCCACACCACCCCCUUCCCAUUUUUAAUUUACAAUUGUUUGCGUGAAUCAGGGUACAACUUUAUCAAGUGUCUUUUUUCCUCAUUAUUUCAACAUUCUUUUUUUUGUAAACUGACGUUUUAAAGAUUACUGGGCUGUUUUCAUGUAUAAAUAUGUUGUUAUUUGAUGCACAUCAGCACAUUUCAUAGUAUUGUUUAUUUGGGAUAUAAAACAAAUAAUUGUGUCAAACGUGUUUUUAAAAUAAUGUGGUAAUAUUUUACUAAUUUGUGUACAAAAGAUUAUUGCACUUUAUCUAUUAUAUCUUGAUAGACCCUUGAUCAAAACAAAUUGAAAAGUGACCACAAAAGAAAAUUCUAACAAUAAAGAAAUGUAAAACAGUGGAAACUGUUGGUUAUAUAAUGGUUGUAACAUUGAUGCCAGCGGAGUAUGGCAUGGCACUGAGCUUAAGGUCAUUAGCCCGAGCUAAGUGAACUUCAGCUGGUAGCAUACCGUCUCCUUUAACCGUACUUUUACUUCCCACUCUGUUUCAAUGCUAAUCUGAUAAUGCUCUGAUAGAGCACCAUUAAAGUUCCGAUGGAUCGACCUGACUUAAA